ACGGGUCGCCCGGCCCGCUGCUGCCGCCGCGCUUCUACCCGCGCUACGUGCUGCCGCUGGCCUUCGGCAAGUACUUCGCGUCCGUGUCGGCGCACGUCAGCAUCUGGAAGGUGCCCGUGUCCUACGCGCACACCGUCAAGGCCACCAUGCCCAUCUGGGUGGUACUCCUGUCCCGGAUCAUCAUGAAGGAGAAGCAGAGUACCAAGGUGUACUUGUCACUCAUCCCCAUCAUCAGCGGCGUCCUGCUGGCCACCGUCACUGAGUUGUCUUUUGACAUGUGGGGGCUCGUCAGCGCCCUGGCUGCCACGCUGUGCUUCUCUCUUCAGAACAUAUUCUCUAAAAAGGUAUUGAGAGACUCGCGGAUCCACCAUCUCCGGCUGCUGAACAUUCUUGGCUGCCAUGCUGUCUUCUUUAUGAUCCCCACAUGGGUUCUGGUGGACCUCUCCGCUUUCCUGGUCAGCAGUGACUUGACCUACAUCUCCCAGUGGCCCUGGACACUCCUGCUCCUGGCUGUCAGUGGCUUCUGUAACUUCGCCCAGAACGUCAUCGCUUUCAGCAUCCUCAACCUCAUCAGCCCCCUAAGCUACUCAGUCGCCAAUGCCACCAAGAGGAUCAUGGUCAUCACGGUGUCCCUGAUCAUGCUGCGCAACCCGGUCACUAGCACCAACGUCCUGGGCAUGAUGACAGCCAUCCUGGGUGUCUUCCUAUACAACAAGACCAAGUAUGAUGCAAACCAGCAAGCCAGGAAGCACCUCCUCCCUGUCUCGACGGCAGACCUGAGCAGCAAGGAGCAUUACCGGAGCCCACUGGAGAAACCCCACAACGGUGUCCUCUUCCCCCAGCAUGGGGACUUUCAGUAUGGCCGCAACAACAUGUUAACAGAUCACUUCCAGUAUAGCCGGCAGAGCUAUCCAAACUCAUACAGUUUGAACCGUUAUGAUGUGUAGGUUCCACAGGACAGGGCGGGAUGUUCUGCAACUCCUCCCACCCCCAGCAGAAUCAGAAACUUCUGACAACUGGUGAAUGUAAAACCCAGCUAAGGGGACGGUGCAUUACCUACCAUCCGGAGACCCUGCAGCUCCCAGCUCCCCAUGGGCAGCAGGAGGAUGUGCCUGAGGUGUGGACAGCCAUGGAUUCUGGGCAGAGGCAAAUCUAAAUGGAGACCCAUUUUUACA